AUGGCCAACUAUCUCGCCUCAAUCUUCGGUACGGAGCAGGACAAGGUCAACUGCUCCUUCUACUACAAAAUCGGCGCCUGCCGACACGGCGACCGAUGCUCCCGGAAGCACGUUAAGCCGUCCUACUCCCAGACGAUCCUGAUGCCCAACAUGUACCAAAAUCCCGCCUACGACCCCAAGAACAAAAUGAACCCCAGCCAACUGCAGAACCACUUCGAUGCGUUUUACGAGGAUGUAUGGUGUGAGAUGUGCAAAUACGGCGAGCUAGAGGAAUUGGUGGUUUGCGAUAACAACAAUGACCACCUCAUCGGAAACGUCUACGCUCGAUUCAAAUACGAGGAAGAUGCACAAGCAGCCUGCGAUGCGCUGAAUUCGCGCUGGUAUGCAGCGCGGCCGAUAUACUGCGAGUUAUCACCGGUGACGGAUUUCCGAGAAGCGUGUUGUCGAUUAAAUAGUGGCGAGGGCUGUGUACGAGGGGGAUUCUGCAACUUCAUCCACCGGAAAGAUCCCAGCAAUGAGCUCGACCGGGACAUUCGCCUCAGCACGAAGAAGUGGUUGAAGGAACGGGGCCGGGACGCUCGCAGCGUCAGUCGCAGUCCGAGCCCCGAGCCGACGAGGCGGAGAUAUUAA